CGCGGCGCGGGCGUGCCCCGUGACGCGCGCGGCGGCGGAGGGGGCUCGGCUUGUCAGAAUCCCCAGAAAAGAAAAAAAAAGGUAUAUUUCAGUAGGUGAAAAUCAGAGGAAGUAGCUGCUGACAUAGGAAAACUGUAUAAAACACAUUUCUGAAGGAAAACUUUUAAGAAUAGCUCUCACACUGUAUUUUCGUCUUUUGAACAUUAGAGAAGAAGAUGUGGUGAAGAGCCUGUAUUUUCCACUGUCUGCUGUAUAGUGCCUUAAAAAAUGGGGUUUGGAGGUGAUCUGAAGUAUUCUCAUGAUGCUUUAUUAAAACUGCAAGACUGGGAACUACGGCUGCUGGAAACAGUGAAGAAAUUUAUGGUAAUGAGAGUAAAAAGUGAUAAAGAAUAUGCAUCCACUUUACAGAAUCUUUGUAACCAAGUAGAUAAGGAGAGUGCUUGUCAAUUGGAUUAUAUCAGCAAUGUAUCCAAGUCUUGGUUGCUCGUGGUACAACAGACAGAACAGCUGAGCAAAAUAAUGAAGACACAUGCAGAGGAUCUUAAUUCUGGGCCCUUGCAUAGGCUUACAAUGAUGAUCAAAGAUAAGCAGCAAGUUAAGAAGAGUUUUGUAGGUGUUCAUCAACAAAUUGAAGCAGAGAUGUACAAGGUCACAAAGACAGAACUAGAGAAACUUAAAUCUAGCUACAGGCAACUAAUAAAAGAAGUAAAUUCUGCCAAAGAAAAGUAUAAAGAAGCUGUAGCUAAAGGAAAGGAGACAGAGAAAGCCAAAGAUCGAUGUGAAAAAGCUACUAUGAAACUUCAUAUGUUGCACAACCAGUAUGUGUUGGCACUGAAAGGAGCACAAUUACAUCAGCACCAAUAUUAUGAUACUACGCUUCCUCUGUUACUUGAUUCACUACAGAAGAUGCAAGAAGAAAUGAUUAAAGCCCUAAAAGGGAUCUUGGAUGAGUAUAGUGAGAUCACCAGUCUUGUAACAGAAGAGAUUGUGAAUGUCCACAAAGAGAUCCAGACCUCGGUGGAACAGAUAGACCCUAACUCUGAGUAUAAUGACUUCAUAGAUACUCACAGGUCAUCAGAAGUUGUUGAACAAGAAAUAGAAUUUGAUACAUCUUUACUAGAAGAAAAUGAAAACCUUCAAGCUAAUGAGAUCAUGUGGAAUAAUUUAACAGCAGAAAGUCUGCAAGUCAUGUUAAAAACAGUAAUAGAAGAACUGAUGCAGACACAGCAAACCCUUUUGAGCAAAGAGGAACUUGUUUUGGAACUAGAGAAAAAAAUAGAAGAGUCAUCUAAGACAUGUGAAAAGAAAUCUGAUAUUGUACUCUUGCUGAGCCAAAAGCAAGCGCUUGAAGAACUUAAGCAAACAGUCCAGCAACUAAGAUGCUCUGAGGCAAAAUUUGCAGCCCAGAAAGAACUACUGGAACAAAAGGUUCAAGAGAAUGAUGGGAAAGAGCCACCACCUGUAGUGAAUUAUGAAGAAGAUGCCAGAUCAGUGACUUCCAUGGAUAAGAAAGAUAAAGUCUCAAGAUUUGACACGAUACGUCAUUCCAUAGCCGGAAUUAUAAGGUCUCCAAAAUCCAUGUUGGGUUCAUCAUCGUUCUUUGAUGUAAUCUCAACCACUGAGAAACCAUUGGCUGAGCAAGACUGGUAUCAUGGUGCAAUUCCAAGAAUAGAAGCCCAGGAGCUGUUAAAACAGCAAGGAGACUUCUUGGUGCGAGAGAGCCACGGGAAACCUGGUGAAUAUGUCCUUUCUGUGUUUUCAGAUGGACAACGGAGACACUUUAUCAUACAAUAUGCUGAUAAUCAAUAUCGUUUUGAAGGAACUGGGUUUCCAACUAUUCCUCAGCUCAUAGAACAUCAUUACACAACAAAGCAAGUUAUUACAAAGAAGUCAGGUGUUGUUCUGCUUAAUCCCGUUGUUAAGGAUAAGAAAUGGGUUCUCAAUCAUGAGGAUGUCACACUGGGGGAAUUACUGGGCAAAGGUAAUUUUGGUGAGGUGUAUAAAGGAACGUUAAAGGAUAAAACUCCUGUCGCUGUAAAAACUUGCAAAGAAGAUCUUCCUCAGGAACUGAAAAUAAAAUUUCUGUCAGAAGCCAGAAUACUCAAACAAUAUGAUCAUGCGAAUAUUGUAAAACUUAUAGGAGUUUGCACUCAACGACAGCCUAUAUAUAUCGUUAUGGAACUUGUUCCAGGAGGUGAUUUCCUGUCAUUCCUAAGAAAAAAGAAGGAUGAGCUGAAAACCAAACAGUUGGUGAAAUUUUCAUUAGAUGCUGCCUCUGGUAUGGCAUAUCUUGAAUCUAAAAAUUGUAUACAUAGAGACCUGGCUGCAAGGAACUGCUUGGUAGGUGAAAGCAACAUUUUGAAAAUAAGUGAUUUUGGGAUGUCCCGGCAAGAGGAUGAUGGCGUGUACUCAUCAUCAGGCCUAAAGCAGAUUCCAAUCAAGUGGACUGCUCCAGAAGCUCUGAACUAUGGGAGAUACACAUCUGAGAGUGAUGUAUGGAGCUUUGGAAUCCUUUUGUGGGAGACCUUCAGUUUAGGUGUAUGCCCAUACCCUGGAAUGACCAACCAGCAAGCACGAGAGCAGGUUGAGAAAGGCUACCGAAUGUCUGCACCACAAAAAUGUCCAGAAGAAAUAUAUAAAAUAAUGCAGAGAUGCUGGGACUACAAGCCAGAAAACCGGCCAAAAUUCAGUGAGAUUCAGAAAGAGCUGUCUUCAAUCAAAAAGAAAGUGACAUAGUGAUGAAGAAGUGCCAACAAAAUGUCUGUGGCUUUAUUUUCCAUUGAAGUAAUUGUUUCCCUCAAACACUAUGCAUUUAUACAGCAUUAUUUGCAACAUUCUUCUAAGAUUACUCUGAAAUUAACUGGUAUACCAUCUUGAAUGGUGUCUACACCUGCAUUAAAGAUAUAUACUGCGAAAUGCUAUAUAUCCAGUCACAAUAGUACUGUAAUUUAGGUUACAUGUACAUAGGAAAGCACAUACUAUAAAUUUAAGAGGCUGUGGCUUCUAGCUGUUUUACAGCAAAUAACUGCUAGUGUCAUUUUUCAGAGGUAUUCUACUUUUAGCUGUACUCUUACUCUGCUACCUCUGUCCUGUAUGUCAGCAUAUUAACGUGGGGAUUGUCAUACAUGUUGGCCUUAAAACUGAAGACAGUUUUGACAAGUAUUUCAACUAGAAGCUUUUUUUUUUUUUUUUUUUAAUUCUUUCUGCAUCUGAUACAUUUAGGUGAUACUUUGUUUUAAGCAUGAAAUUCAGUUAGAUUCUGGAUGCAGACGUGUUUACUGAAUGGUAAAAUCCAGAAUCUUUUUUGGUAGUUGGAUUACUUGUGCAUUUAUUACCAUACAGUAGAAAUACUUCUGACUUUUGAUAAAAUCUACAUAAACCAUGUCUUUUUUUUCCUUCAAUGCCAUCAGAAUUCAGUAAUAUGUUUCUUUUUAUUGUGACUUAUGUUCAUUUUAGAAAAAAAAGACCUAUUUAAAGUCUCAACUGCACAUGCUAAGAAAUACUGCAAACUAUCUGCCUUCGAAAAAAUAUGUGAAAGUAGUAGGCCAAGAAAAAGAGGUUUAUUAAUGACAGAAGCAGACAACAAAUAUCAUUGAUCUUAGAGGAGCUAAAGAAUACGUUGCUAGGUUUACAUUUGACCAUGAUUUUUUCCCUUAAAUUGGUAAAAAUUCUCAGAAUGCAGCUGGAGCAUGCAAAAUUUUAUUCUGAACAAAACAACAUUUCAUGCGUAGUGUCCAAAGGAAAAUACUACUUCUGUAUGGCAUGAGGAAGUUGUUCAAACAACCAAAAGGAAAGAAGUAUGUUUAAAGCCUCUGACAGGGAACAGCAGAGUAGAAAUACUAACUUUCUAUUUUUUCUUAUAUUAUUGCAAUCAAAUAUCAAAAGACUGGGGAUAAACAAGGUUUAAAUG